GAUGAACUUUCCAAGAGCUCAGGAUAGAUUCUGAAGCUAAUUUUGUCGGUACCCGGUGAAGUUUUGGAUACCUCUGUCCCUGGAAAUCCACACCUCACCCCUACGCUAUGGGAGGAAUGACUUCCUUGUGUAUGGAAAUGGAUUUUAAAAGAUGUCACAGUGUCAUAUUCAGUCUAGUCAUUGUGGUGGGUUUUCUCAUGCCCUGUGCCUUUCCGCCUUUUCUGUGAAUGGUCUCCAUAAUCGUCCGAAAGUUAUCAUACUCAGUAUGUUUCCACUGACUGAGGAAAACAAGCAUGUGGCCCAGUUGUUGUUCAACACUGGUACCUGUCCAAGAUGUAUCUUCAGAUUCUGUGGUGUGGAUUUUCAUACACCUUACAGACUUCCAUAUAAGGAGUUGCUCCAUGAUCUACAGAAAUUUUUGGAGACUGAAAAAGAUGAAUUAAUUUUGGAAGUUCUAAAUCCACCCCCCAAGAAAAUUAGGCUGCAAGAAUUGGAAGAUGGGAUCGAUAAUCUGAGUCAAAAUGGAGAGGGCAGGAACUCUGUUAUUGACAAUGGAAGUGUUGCUUCCAAGAACUCAAAUUUAAAUGUAUGUAAUGUUUGUCUAGGGAUUCUUCAAGAAUUCUGUGAGAAAGAAUUCAUUAAAAAGGUAUGCCAAAAGGUUGAGACCUCUGGGUUUGAAUUCACCAACUUGGUAUUUUCAGUCUCCUUCCCACCACAGAUAUCUGUAAGAGAGCAUGCGGCAUGGUUGCUGGUAAAACAGGAAAUGGGAAAACAGAGUCUUUUGCUGGGGAGAAAUGAUGUAGUUCAGUUAAAAGAAGCCUACAAAUGGAUAACACACCCCCUGUUUUCAGAGGAACUGGGUGUUCCCAUUGAUGGAAAGAGCUUAUUUGAAGUGAGUGUGGUCUUUGCUCACCCAGAAACAGUUGAGGAUUGCCACUUCCUAGGUACAGUUUGCCCAGAUUGUUUCAAGCCAGCCAAAAACAAACAGUCGGUGUUCACUAGAAUGGCAGUUAUGAAAGCUUUGAAUAAGAUAAAAGAAGAGGAUUUCUGCAAGCAGUUUCCUUGUCCUCCAAACUCGCCAAAGGCUGUAUGCACUGUUCUUGAAAUUGAAUGUGCUCAUGGUGCUGUUUUUGUGGCUGGGAGAUAUAAUAAAUACUCCAGAAAUCUACCACAAACUCCUUGGAUAAUUGAUGGAGAAAGGAAGAUGGAAUCUUCAGUUGAAGAAUUAAUUUCAGAUCAUUUAUUGACAGUAUUUAAAGCAGAGAGUUUUAAUUUCUCAUCUUCUGGAAGAGAAGAUGUAGAUGUGAGAACAUUAGGAAAUGGAAGGCCCUUUGCAGUUGAGCUGGUAAAUCCUCAUAGAAUACAUUUCACGUCACAAGAAAUUAAGGAACUUCAACAGAAAAUUAAUAAAUCAUCUGAUAAGAUACAAGUACGAGACUUGCAGCUUGUCACAAGAGAAGCAAUAGGACACAUGAAAGAAGGUGAAGAAGAGAAGACCAAGACCUAUAGUGCCUUAAUAUGGACAAAUAAAGCAAUACAGAAGGAAGACAUUACAUUCUUAAAUGAUCUAAAGGACCUAAAGAUUGACCAGAAAACACCUUUACGUGUUCUUCACCGAAGGCCCUUGGCUGUGAGAACUCGAGUCAUUCACUCCAUGGAUGCACACUAUGUGGACGAGCACCAUUUUCGCCUCUAUCUAAAGACCCAAGCUGGAACCUACAUUAAAGAGUUUGUACAUGGAGACUUUGGGAGAACCAGUCCAAACAUUGGCUCUCUGAUGAAUAUGACUGCAGAUAUUCUUGAGCUGGAUGUGGAGUCUGUAGAUGUUGACUGGCCACCUGCUCUGGAUGACUAGCUUUCAAAUUUGGAAGCAGAGUAGUGUUCUCCUAGCAUGACGUGGACAUCCAUGCAGCAUACCUGUAAAAUGGCUCUUUGCCCACCAUAACGGUGUCUUGGAAACCAUUUGGAUCAUGUUGAUCUAUUUUUUAAAUUUGUCGUGACAUCUCAGGAUCUAUCUGUACAUGAGUGGAUUUUGUGUUACACUGUUCCAAGGAUGUCUAUGAUUUUUCUCAUUCCCACUUUCAUCUCCACAAACAAAAGCUAUGACUAACAAAACCAUUCUCCCUCUUAAUUUCUUUUAGAGAGGUACACGAACAGAAGGCAUUUUCUGUUAAGUUUCAGCUUGAUUUCUCUUCAUAAGACAUAACACCUUUAAAAUCAUAUUCUAAAUUUUAAACAUUAUUUGAAUAAAAGUUAUAACUAAUAUUCUGAGCAUCCUAUAUCUUACCAAAUGCUAAUAUGACAUCAUUAAUAUUUUUCCUGGUAAUCAUCCAGUAAACUAUUACCACUGGAAGUAUGGCUGUGAUAUAUCAUAAAUCAUAAUGACUUCAAGUUACUAUUUCUGAAAAUCUAAAAUUGCCAGUACGUAUUUCUUGUGAAGGGAAAGUGAAACUUCAGAAGUUGAGGCAUACCAUGUAAGAGGCUUGCAUAAAUAUUUUAAAUAUGGAAAAACAAGUGCCUUCAAUAACUUCAACCCCAGGGUAAGAAAUUGAAAAAUUAACUGACAAAGGUUAACUGGUAUUAUUUCACAGGACUUCAAUAUAUUGUCCAAUUUCAAAAGUUCUAAAAGGUAGAUAGGAUAUAUCUGAUUCUAUAAAUAGGAAAACUAAAGAAUAAAAGUUAAAUGACUUGCCUAAAAUUCUUAGUUACUUCCAUAUCUGGGACUAGAACUAAAAUAUCUUAGUCCCUAGGACAGUGAUGGUAAACUUUUUAGAGUAGAGUGCCCAAACUGCAACCUAAAACCCACUAAUUUAUUGCAAAGUGCCAAUGCUGCAAUUAAGCCUG